UCCAUAAUGAGACACUGUAUAUUAAUAAUUUGUUUCACAUGCUGCUUGUACUCUUUGAAAUAUUAAAACCUCAUCAAGGUAUCAUCAAUAUAAAAUGAAUCCAGUAAUUGUAUUAUUCCUAGGCGAUGACCUUUAUUAAGAAUGCAAAUUAGGAAUAUUCUGUAGAGCCAUGAAGAACUUAAAAAAAAAAUUAGUAGUCAUUGUAGUUGUCUUGUGCCAUGUUUCACAAAUAUAGGACCAUAUUCAUUUCAUUACUUUGUCUUUUGUUAACAGUUAAUCAAAAUUUACACAUAACUGGUGCUUCAGGAGUGGAAAGAGCUGUAAGAAUAAAGAAAGAGACCAUUUUGUCAAACAAAAGUACAACGAAACUUUACAACAUUGUAAAGCAAGUUGACUAUAAUGAGGAUCUGGAGCACCUUAUAAUUGAUAUUGUCACAGAGAUGCUUGGGGAGCUCAACUGUUUGGCUAUCAUCAAUGAUAACAAUCAACAAGAUAUUUUUGGAGGCCGUUUCUUCAAAAGUCUUGGAAGCAUCCCUUAUUAUAAGGUGCUUGUGGAAGAUAAAGAAGAUUUGCAGAGUCCAAACUACAGAACGCUUUCUGUAAUUUUGCAUGUCAAAAGAGCUGGCUGUGAAGCUUAUAUUUUGUUGAUUUCUAAUGGAGGGAAAGUAUCACGAUUCCUCAUAUUUGGAGACAGACACAGAGUACUUGACACAAGAGCCAAGUUCAUUUUACUGUAUGACAACCGAUUAUUCCACCCCAAUCUACAUUAUCUCUGGAAAAAAAUUGUGAAUGUCGUAUUCUUGCGCCAGCAUAGAAGACAUCAUACAUCUGUUCUCAUAGGACACCAGGUUAUCCGUUCAUGGUAUGAUAUCAGUACGGUACCUUUUCCAUCACCCAUCCAUAAAACUUUUAUCCCUCAUCACCUGGACACGUGGCAUCAUGGGAAAUUCCAUUCUGGGGCUGAUCUGUUUAGAGAGAAGACCUUGGACCUGAGAGGACAACAGCUCAAGGUUGUUACUUUCCAGCAUAUACCAGCAAGCACCAAGUUGGCAACCCCUCCCCUUAGGAUGGAUGGCACAGUGGAAGGCAGUGGUUCCGUUAUCUUUGGGGGACUUGAGAUAGAGGUACUAAGGACACUUGCAACUGUAAUGAAUUUCCAUCCAGAUGUGUAUGAAGCAGAAAAUGCAGAUGUGGAACAAUGGGGCCGCAAACAGCUGAAUGGCUCAUACUCAGGCCUGCUGGGAGAAGUGAUGAGCGGAGAGGCUGAUGUUGCACUGGGCAAUUUAUAUUACAUACCAUAUUAUUUGGAACUCAUGGAUCUCACCAUCCCUUACACCACACAGUGCCUCACUUUUCUCACCCCAGAAUCACUCACUGACAAUUCUUGGAUGACACUGAUUCUGCCUUUCAGGCCUGUGAUGUGGGCUGCAGUGCUUGUGGCUAUGAUUUUGGCUGGAUUUGUGUUUUAUGCUCUGGCCAGCUAUCACCACCACAUUGUGUCUACAGUGGAUGUGCAGACACAUGAUAUCGUCAUGGUACAGGGAAGAGGAAGAGCGAAUGACAGCAAAAUGGUACAUGUACAUGAAGAGGGGAAGGAAACUGGUAAAGGUCUUUAUUUGUUCAGUGAGUUAGAAAAUGGAAUUUUAUACACAUAUGGUAUGCUCCUACUGAUUUCCCUCCCAAAGCUUCCAUCAGGCUGGUCGCUCCGGGUCCUGACUGGAUGUUGGUGGAUCUACUGCAUUCUCCUGGUGGUUGCUUAUCGAGCAAGCAUGACUGCAAUUCUCACUAACCCAACUCCCAGGGUCACCAUAGACACGCUGGAUCAGUUGGUAGACCACCACAUUACCUGUGGAGGCUGGGGUGAAGAUAUAAAGCAAUUCUUUCUUACUUCACUGGACACUUCUGGACAAAAAAUUGGACUCAAGUUUGAAGUCAUCUAUGACUCUGAUCUUGCAGUGGAAAGAGUGGCUAAAGGAGAGUUUGCUUACUACGAAAAUAUUUAUUUUUUACAAUACUUACGUGUUAGAAGACAACUUGCACUGAAACAAGCUGAAACUAAGAAAGACGUCAACUACUAUCAAGAAUCAAAAGAACGGAACCUCCAUAUCAUGCAUGACUGUGUAAUUCACAUGCCUAUAUCAAUUGGCCUUCAGAAAAAUUCACCCUUGAAGACUCACAUGGAUAGAUUCUUGCGUUGCAUUGUUGAAGCAGGUCUUGUCAAGAAAUGGCUCAACGAUGUGAUGCUUAAUAUCACGUCAGCAGAUAACACACCAAAAGAGGAAGAUAGCAACAAACCUCUCAUGAACCUCCACAAACUUUACGGGGCUUUUGUGGCCCUUGGUGUGGGAUACUUCAUAAGCAUAUGUGCCCUCACUGGGGAAAAUAUACACUGGCAAUGUGUUGUAAAGAAAAGUUCAAUAUAUGAUAAAUAUGCCAUCAAUAUUUAUUAUGAUCAUAAAAAGUCUUUAAAAAUGCUUAAAAAUAAUUAGUAAGUCUGCCAUAAAUAAUAUUUCUGUAGAAAUCAUUGCUAUAAUUCAGUGUGUUGCCUAUAUUGAAUAAUCCAUACAGCCAGGUGUCCAGAAAUACUUAAAUCUACUAGUCACUAUACAAAAUGCAUGUGGUUCAAGCUAGUCAGUUUAUUACAUUUCUGGCAACCUGCAUAUGAGAAUAGCAUGUUAAAAGAACGAUGAUGGCCCAUUUUUCUUCAAAACAUUUCAAAAUACUUUCAUGGUUUUAUAUGGGUAGACUAAUUCACUCUGUAAUGUGUGGAAUAUGACAGAAAUUAAAAUCUUUAUGAACUCCGUCAAUUCUUGGCAUCUGUUAAUUCUUUAUCCAGACCUAUUUUGUGGCAAGAAAUUCCCAUGAUGCUACUAAAUAGCACUAUUGUUGCAGUAUGUCACUGUCGUCAUUGUCAUCAUUAUCUAUUGACAUCUGCACCAGUGUCGGUUUUCUUGUCAUAAGGCCUGCUUGUUUUUCUGUCCUUCCAUAAAUAUUCUUCUUGUACCUGUGUCCUCAUUCCCUGUUCUCAAUUGUAUAUCUUCCCUCACUUUGUUUCUCAAAGUUUCCUUUGGUCUCCCAAGCACUUAUUUAUUCAACAUCUUUAUCCUUGAUAUACUCAGAGAAAUGCUGUUGUCAUUCAAGUUUAACACAUACCUGUGCCAUGGUAUCAAUUUCACCAACUUUUCUAGUAUAUUUUUGCUUUCAGAUCUUGACUAAUGUCUUCAUUUCAGACCAUCCACUCUGAUGGAAACAUGAAUGAAUAAUGAUGGUAAUUAUUAAUUAAAUAUACAUGAACAAGAUAUUUAAUUUUAGGUUUUAUGAUUUUAAUAAACUGAAGGUUAUCAAACAGAAGCAAAAUAAAACAGGAUAAGUAAUUUUUGGCUACAAUGUUUGGAUAAAAGUUGGUAAUGAAACAAACUAUUUGUGAUCUUUUUGGUGUUUCUGCUUUGGUAUGUACUCCACAUAUUUAUUUCCUCCUCUAUUCUGAAAUAUUCCACUUUAGUUCGCACAUAUAACACAUUGCUUUUCUGUUCUAUUCUACUGUGCAUAUAAGGUUCAUUCAAAAAGUACUGUAAUGUAUAGACCCAUUUCUAAGUAAUCUGUAAACAGCAACCUUUUCUGGGCAAUGGUUCAGUAAACACAUUCCUGCGGCAACGAAUAUUUAUGCAACAACAGAGUUACUGUUGGAAAUGGGAUGUUUUCUAUGUGCUCUGUGCUGAGAUGUUAUAACCAGAACAGCUAGAGCAGUGAGUUCUGUACAGUAGUAUUAGCCAACAGGCAAUGGCAUAAGCGCAAAAGCUGAAUAAUCAACAUUGUUGAGAGCUGUUAUCAAGCAACCACCCUGGAAAACUAUAAAAGAUUGAGGCUUUGCACGUGCUGUAGUGGUUUGUAAAGUGUGCAAUCAGUGAUGGCACUGUAACUGCUUGCAGUUCUGAGUUGUGGGGGUAUAAGUGAUCACUAGAUCAAUUCAACAACAUAAAGGCUGUCUCCAUACUAUGUGGCAGUAUGUUCUGAAUGUACCUGGCAAAGGCUGGCUAGUUUGUUCCAUUCUGUCUGUUUUUACAGUUCCUGGUGCAAAUAACCUUAACCAUCGAUCACAAUAUGGAGACAAUCUGAGGCAUUUCCUGCUAUGAAUUUUACUACUGAAGAAUGCUGUGCAGUCAUCAGAUUCCCUUUUAGCCUUGAAGAGUACAGUCUUCUGGAUUGUAACAUUAUGUAGUUUGGAGACAGGUCCAUGUUUUGGAAGAACAUCCUGUCACUGGUCAAUAACUAGAUACAGUUUGGAUUGAUGACUGAAUUUAAUGGACACCUAUUACUCUUAAAUACAUAUAACUGCAACACUUUUUUACUUUCCUUCACAAUCUGUAAAUAGCUACAGCACAUCCCAAGUCUUUCUGGUCAUUGCUUGGUUAUGGUCUCCAGUAACAGGAAUUAUCUCCAAUGAUUCUGUGCUUGAUGGCUCCUGUUCUCUGUGAUGCUUCUCUGACUCCAAUAUUCUGGCUGUAGCUGUCAUCUUGCAAUAUCAUCUCCAGCUUCAGGACUGAAGAGUAAGCCAAACUCAAAACCAAGUGAGCAGGCAGAAAUGCUUACUCUUUCACCCUGAAGAUGGAAGUGAUGUGAGCCUCUGAAAUACUGGGCUGUCUCCAAAUUGAACUGCCAUUAGAGACUCAAAUCCAACACUGUUUUAGCAUUACUCUCCUGAAUUGGUACUGUCUGAUUUUUCACUGUUUUAUGAAAUAAGAUUCAAUUCAAGCACCCUAUAUCAUUCAAUGUAAAAGUAUACUGGGAUAAAACUUACCAAUGGGGCAACAUUUUAUUACAAGAAUUUCUAAAAUGUUUGUUAAGUUCUGCACCAAUGGGAAAAUUUGUAUACCGAGAGGAGACUACACUGAAAAGUGAACAAAAUGUAUGUUCAACAGUAAAAUGGAGCUUAGUUUUAGAAUACAUCUUGUAUAUCUCAUUCUUACUCAUGUAAUGCUGCCUUUGACAUACACUUUCUUACAGCCUCCACACACAGUCCGCAUUGUGAUUUACUACCAUUAAAUGUGAUAUAUAUAUAUAUGUUACAUACAUAUGUUUCAUACUUGUACUACACAACGGUAUGUUAUAAAAAUGACUUUUGCAUAACACAACAUUUAAAAGCCUAAACAGAAUCGGAAAAUUAAAUCCAAACAUUACAUUUUUAAACGUUUAUUCUUUUGCCCAAAAUUUCAAAUGUAUCACUCCCCUGUGUUACAAUUAAGCACAGGGGGAGGGCGAGGAAACAAAUGAAUAUAGGAAUGUAUAACUCAAACAGUUUUGCUAUAUGCCUGUGUAAAUGAACACAGUCAAGGACUUGGAGGAAAAGUACUCAUUAGUAACAGUUCACUCACAUAAACGUGGUCCACUAAAUUUGUAGGCUAGCCAUAUUAUCUCUUCAUUCACCCAUUAUAAGUUGUUAUUAUUUCUACUAUUAAUUAGUUCACAUACUUUCAACAGUUAGAUUUAAUAUUAUCAGGCAGUACAUAACUAUAUGAUUGCUCCUGUUUUUUUAAAUACCCUUCCCACUCAACAAGUGUAAAAAUUACAUCACAACAAAGUCAUUCACAACUUAAUGUCUUAACUUCAGAAUUUCUGAAGUAAUUCCCAGACAGAAAUCUCAUAUAAACGCAGGUCUGAUUCUCAAUGGUUAUGGAUUUCGCAUUACUGGAAUGUCCAAGCAAAUAUUUAUGUAUGCAGUUUCAAUUCCUGACUUUACAUAACUGUUCAAAAUGACCAUCCUCAGCCUCAGUUCUUACUCUGACGUGUCUUGUGAAUUGUAUGUGUAGCUUUCAUCACUUCCUUAGAACUGUCCUUAA